AUGCCCGACGUAGGGGUAGCAAGUAGCAGGGCUGUUCCGCACGAAGACAUCAAGCGGCCUAAUCUCUCGGUCGGGGAAGUGGGAGCAGCAGCAGUAGGGGGAGUGGAGAACUCGAGCAGCGACGAUGUCACGGUGGGCAAGCAAGAAAGAGUACGAGGGUGGAGAGGGGUGCUGAGUUUUCUGGAAAAGAAAGGAGAUGUUGAGCUACGAGGAUGUACGCCUGUGCCGUAUGAGGAACGUCUAGAGACGCAGUAUUCAAAGAUCUUCACGCUUUGGUUUUGCAUGAGUUGCAACCCCCUGCCUGUGACUUUCGGCAUGGUGGGCACCAUGUCCUUUGCAUUGAGUCUGCGGGACGCGGCACUGGUUAUCCUUUUCUUCACGCUUGCGAGCACUGUGCCGGUGGCAUACAUGUGUACGUGGGGACCGAAGACGGGUAUGCGACAGCUUGUCCAGGCGAGGUUUUCCUUUGGCAAGUACUUUGUUUCUCUCCUGAUAUUGCUCAAUCUUGCUACUCUGACGGGAUUCUGCGUCGUCGAUAGUGUCAUUGGUGGUAUGGCAUUGUCGGCAGUACAAGAUGGAGCAACCAUCAACGCAACCGUUGGUAUUGUCAUCAUCGCCGUGUUGUCGCUGGUCAUAUCCUUCUGCGGUUUCGGAGUACUGCAUCACUACGAACGGUGGGCGUGGAUCCCAGCAUUGGCGGCACUCAUCAUUGCUGCAGGAUGUGGGGGUAAGAGUCUCAGCCACCAGGUUCCAGCACCUGCUGCUACAGCAUCGCAAGUUCUCUCAUUCGGUGGUCUAGUGGCAAGCUUCAUGCUGCCAUGGGCUGCACUCGCGAGUGACUUCUCGACGUACAUGCAUCCCAAGGCUCCUCCGCUGCGGAUCGCACUCUACACCUACACGGGCCUCGCUCUCCCAACAAUCCUCUUGAUGACAUUGGGUGCAGCCAUGGGCGGCGCUACACCAAACAUGGCGUCAUGGCAGGCUGGGUACGAUGUCAACGCAGCGAGUGGUGUCCUGGCAGCCAUGCUUCACCCUGCAGGCGGCUUUGGUCGCUUCGUCACGGUUGUGCUGGCAUUCAGCAUGUUGGGCAACCUGUCCGCAACAAUGUACAGCGUAACACUAAACCUGCAGAUGCUGCUUCCCUGGCUGUUCCGCAUCCCGCGCAUCUUCUUCAGCAUCGUCAUCACUGGAAUCGUGAUUGGCGUGGCUGUCGAGGCAUCAAAGAGCUUUUUCCUCAACCUCGAGAACUUUAUCGGAGUCAUCGGGUACUGGAGUGCUGCCUUUAUUGGUGUCGCUUUGACUGAACACGUGCUGUUCCGAGGGAGCAGCCUCGUGGCUUACACCGAGGAUGAAGAGGCGUGGGACGAGCCGAGCAAGCUCCCGCCCGGGGUUGCGGCAAUGGGCGCGUUCCUUGUAUCCUUUGCUCUCAUCAUCCCGUGUAUGGGACAGAUCUGGUGGACGGGGCCCAUUGCGGAGACUACGGGCGACAUCGGGUUGGAGGUAGCGGUGGUGCUGUCGGCGGUGCUCUACAUACCAUUUAGGGUGGUAGAGAGGAGGAUAUGUGGGAGAUGA